AUACCUACUAAGUCUGUGGAUAUUAGGUUGGUAAAAUUUUAUUGUGGUUGUGUAACUCUGUCACAAACAAAUUCAGCCAUUUGCGAGAGAAGAUACCGAAUACCAACGAGCUAUUAAAAAGAUGAUCUUUAGGGUUGCGCAGAGGAACAAUCUAAGGUUUUUGAUAUCAAGAUGUUACAGUGAACAAGUGGGUCGAAGUCAUGGCCCAUCACCAUCUACUGCUUCGACUACUGUGAAGACCGAUGUUCCCGGUCUUAGCAGUGCUGUUAUCCAUCCUGCUUCUCAGCCUGUUGGCCCUGGUGUUGAUCCUAACAAAUCUGGUGCCUACAAAGUUCCAGAGUACUUUUGUUAUGAUAACAUGAGUUUUUUUGAAGCCGAAAUAGAAAUGGCAAAGUUUAGAUUGCCUCAACCGUCUGCACUAAAGAAGUAAAGAUUCUAUAUGUACAUUUGUAAAUAACUUACAUAUUGGUUUUGUUUUAAUAUAAGAUUAAAGUAUACAUGUUGUUUUAUUUGUCCUUACCACAACUUUCAUUUCUAAAGUAUAUUUUAUGUAACUUAGUCUAUGGCCU